AUGACCAUCGAACAGCUCUGUCCCAUCACUCAAAGGCACCGCCGGGGCAGGCAGAGGCAUGCUCCCCCCGAAAGAAGCAAAUGGAGCGCUGCAGGGGUGACAACCCGCGUCACAGCUCGGGCCCCCAUCCUCACGGGUGCUCUCCUCGGCAUGACUUCACUGGAAGCUGCUAUUCACCAGCGCCUCCAAGAGUUAUUGCACUUCACCCCAGGCUCCCUGAGGUCCAUCAGGGCAGUGCUACGGCUACGAAAUGCCAAAAACAUAAUGCAGCGGGUGGGGGGGAAACCAGCAACCCUGAGCACCGCCCGUCCGGUGACCUCACGUCUGCGAGGCUUCACCCCCUCCUCGCCUCUGGUGUGGUGGUUUGUGGCAGUCUUUACUGCCCCCCCACCGGCACCACGCUUGCUUCUGCACGCUUUCCUUCGUGUUUUAGCAUUAACAAAGACAAAACGACAACAACAAAAAAAAAGCCGCGAAAACACGAAGGCUUGUGCAUCUUCGCGAGUGAGGCGACGCUGCCCACAAAGCACCGGGCGAUCCUCGGUCAGGCGCAGGACCGGGCCGCUGCUCGCCCGGGCGCUGCGGCGGGACAGAGGGCGGUGUGGGCCUCUCCCGUCGGUUGCUGGGUUACUGCCCUCUGUAGAGUGCUUGUGUCUCUCCCUGCCCCGGCAAGAACUCAGAGCUCGCUCGGACGCGUGCAGAAAGGGAUAUCUUGACAACAUAACAGCAAUUGGGCCCAGGACAGUUGGAAGUCCAGAAAAUGAAGUUCUUGCAGUUAACUACCUCUUAGAACAAAUUAGGGCAAUAGAAAGAGAAAGCACAGAUGCUCACAAGAUAUCUGUAGACAUACAGAGGCCCACAGGCUCCUUCAGCAUUGACUUUUUAGGAGGCUUUACUAGUUACUAUGCAAACAUAACCAAUGUCGUAGUGAAGCUGGAACCCCGAAACGGAGCUCAGCAUGCAGUGUUAUCCAAUUGUCACUUUGAUUCCGUACCAAAUACCCCGGGUGCCAGUGAUGAUGCUGUUAGCUGCGCAGUGAUGCUUGAAAUACUUAACACGCUUUCAAAAUCAUCAGAGCCCCUGCAGCAUGCUGUCAUAUUCUUAUUUAAUGGUGCGGAAGAAAAUAUUUUGCAGGCUAGUCACGGCUUCAUUACACAACAUGAGUGGGCCAAGUCAAUUAGAGCUUUUAUUAACCUGGAGGCAGCAGGUGUAGGAGGAAAAGAACUUGUUUUUCAAACAGGACCUGAGAAUCCUUGGUUGGUACAAGCAUAUGUAGUUGCAGCCAAACAUCCCUUUGCCUCUGUGGUGGCACAGGAAAUAUUUCAGAGUGGUAUUAUCCCAGCAGAUACAGACUUCCGUAUCUACAGGGACUUUGGCAAUGUUCCAGGAAUAGAUUUGGCUUUUAUUGAAAAUGGCUACAUUUAUCAUACAGAAUAUGACACAUCAGACAGAAUUUUAACAGAUUCCAUUCAGAGAGCAGGUGACAAUAUUCUAGCUGUCCUAAAAUACCUAGCAACAUCAGAUAAGUUGGCUAAAUCUUUUGAGUAUCGACAUGGAAAUGUUGUGUUCUUUGAUGUACUUGGUUUAUUUGUCCUGGCUUAUCCUGCUCGUGUUGGCACCAUCAUGAACUACAUUACAGCAGCAAUUGCUUUUCUUUAUUUAAGCAAAAAAGUAUUACAGCCCAGAACCAGAGCUAUUCAUAACCUGAAGAAAUUCUUUACUGCGUUCAGCUUAACACUGAUAAGUUGGGUCUGCACACUGGUGACAGUCCUUAUAGUGGCAGUGUUCAUCUCUGUCAUUGGACGGUCUCUUUCUUGGUACACCCAUUUCUAUGUUUCUGUGUUUCUGUAUGGCACAGCAGCUGCAGCUAAGCUUAUUCUUGUGCAUACGCUAGCCAAGAAGUUCUUCUAUAAGAAUAUGAAUGAGCAGUACCUGGGAGAUAUUUUUUUUGAUGCCUCAUUGAUGAUUUGGUCUAUAGCAUUGGCUGUGAUUACUCAGAUCGGCCUUUGUUCAGCAUUCAUUUGUACGUUAUGGGUAGCAUUUCCUUUACUCGCUAAGCUGAUGAUCCAUAAAGAAUUCAGCCAAAAAGGUGCCUCAAUGAAGUUUGUCAUGAUGUACAUGCUGGGAAUGUUUGUUCCCUAUUUGUAUAUGAUGUAUCUUAGUUGGACUGUAUUUGAAAUGUUUACGCCUAUCAUGGGACGAAGUGGUUCAGAAAUUCUGCCAGAUGUGGUGUUGGCAGGAUUUAUUGUGGUCAUCACUAUGAUUCUGUCAUCCUAUUUUAUUAACUUCAUUUACCUUGUCAAAAGUACAAAAACGACGCUAAUAACUUUAACUACUGUGUUUGUAGUCACUCUGAUUCUCGUUUGUAGUGGAAUCUUCUUUCCUUACAGUUCUGAUGCAGCUAAUCCAAAGCCUAAGCGAGUUUUCCUCCAGCACACGAGCAGAAGAUUUCAUGAUCUAGAUGGAAAUAUGGUUAAAAGUGACUCUGGUAUAUGGAUUAAUGGAUUUGAUUAUAAUGGAAUAUCUCACAUAACUCCCCAUGUACCUGAAAUCAAUGACACCAUUAGAACUCCAUGUGAGGAGCAGGCUCCUUUCUGUGGCCUCCCUUGGAUUCUGCCAGUGCAUUUCAUGUUCCGGAAGAACUGGUAUCUUCCCGCUCCAGAAGUUUUUCCAAGAAGCCCCAUUCACUUUAAAGUUCUGUCCAAGGAGCUGAUGCCUGGGAACUCCAUGAGGUUAAGCUUUGAAGUAUCUGGUCCAAGUCACAUGUCUCUGUAUGUUCGGCCACAUGAAGGGUCAGCUCUGUCCACCUGGUCUUUCGGGGAUGGUAUGCCAGUUGCUAGCCUAGGAGGAGACUACUUUGUGUUUUACUCCCAUGGGCUGCAGGCUACACCGUGGCACUUCUGGGUAGAACUGACGGCCCCAGAAAAGCAUUCGGAUGGAAUAGUCUCCCUUGCCAUAGCAGCACAUUACUUUUUUGGGGAAGAUCAAAAGUCACCUCAACUCUAUGCCUUACUGGAGAGGUUUCCAAACUGGACAUUUUCUUCUGGUUGGUCCUGCACUUACGACCUUUUUGUCUUUUAAUGUUGACAGUAAUGCAACGCUAAUAGGGUAAUCUCUCUGAUGCAGAAUGCUGUUGUAGCAAACACGUUCUAACAAGAUGCCAGAGACUUUCACAAGAAUUUAAAGUACUUUGGCGACAAAUGGUGUUUCUUUGGCAGUUUGAGUAUUUAAAGACUACUGCUGUCUUGGGGAUAUAGUGAUACUUUGUGUCAAUGUGAAUACAGUUCACCCUGGUUCUUCCACUGAAAUGGCAGUUUGACUUAGUGGGUUUCUUAAAAUGAAAAUUGCAUUUGAGGACGCAACGCUAGCAUAAUAUGAUGGCAAUAGUAAUGAAAGGGCCUCAUGAAAUCAUUUUGAUGUUAUGCAAAAUAUAACCGUACUUCACGCACAUGUGGGGACUGUCACCUACCAAUCCUAUCCGUCCUGUUAAAGUAAGAUCUUCAGCUAAAAGAUACUUGUUCCCAUGGGGAGGGCAGAGGUGGCAAAGUCCUAAACAUUACUUCCGUCACUGGAUGCUAUGAUGCUUAAUUCUGUAUAUUGCAUUCCCAGUCCUUGGCAAACGCACAAUGCAGAAAAAUUGAUGUUAUGAUGGAAUGUCGUAAUUAUUUAUCUAGAUUAUCUUUUCCAAAUAAUACGUUUCUGUUAAAAACUUAGUUUCUGCCCUUUUGCCUGUCUCUUCAGUGUUAAAACUUGAGUGGGUAAGUUUGAUCUAACGAUCAUCUUGUAGUUUUGUUCUUGUUGGGAUCUUUCUGUAUCAGCAUAUAAGCAUGUGACUUGCUCUUUUGUAUGCAAGAGUGCUAAGUCCCCACUCCUUGAUAGG